CCGAUCGUCGCCGUUGUGGCGCCGCAUGUGCACAUUCCGAUCGCCCGACUGCGCGAACGCCUUGUGGCAGACCUGUGUGCGAAGGAAGCGAGAGUCUUAUCAGUUUGAGUUGGUAGCUCGAGCAGACAAGAUGCGCGGUGCAGUUUUUCUGGGCGUUUUAGCGCUGAGCGUGGCGGUGUCCACGGGGUUUGGUCCGAAAGCAGAGUGCGAGGACAAGGCCGAGUUUGUGAUUCCCAAUUUUAAGGCCAACUGGUUCAAAGCGAUGGAGUACUGUCACUAUCUUGGGCUGAAGCUGACCAGAGUGCGCAGCGCGGACGAUCAACUGCGCAUCGAGGUCGCCAUCAAUGGAACCGACAAGGGCACGGAUACGGAGUUCUGGACAGGAGGAAAUGACCUGGGUGAUCAACGCAACUUUCACUGGUACUCGACGGGAGGUCGCAUUACCUGGUUCAACUGGUUUGACGUGGAGAGCAGCUAUAACCAACGCCAAAAUUACGUCAAUCAAGCUAGUGGCAAAUGCAUUUACUUGGGAUACCAAAACUCAGACGACCUGUGGAAAUGGGGCUUGGGAAGCUACCAAGACGCCCGUUACUUCAUUUGUGAGCGUAAUCUAAGUUAGUUACUUUGUUGCAAUAAAUAAACUAGCCCUUUCACCCCCAAA